AUGGCGAACCCCAAGGUGUACUUUGACAUGCAGAUUGGAGGUGCGGACGCCGGGCGCAUUACCAUGGAGCUUCGCGCCGACGUGGCUCCGAAGACCGCCGAGAACUUUCGCUGCCUUUGCACGGGUGAGAAGGGUAUGGGGAAGUCUGGAAAGGCGUUGCACUUCAAGGGCUCGGCAUUUCAUCGCGUGAUCCCGGACUUCAUGUGCCAGGGUGGCGACUUCACGGCUGGUAAUGGCACAGGCGGCGAGUCGAUCUAUGGAAGCAAGUUUCAAGAUGAGAACUUCACCCUGAAACAUACCGGCCCAGGCAUUCUGUCCAUGGCCAAUGCGGGCCCCAACACCAAUGGUUCUCAAUUCUUUCUGUGCACUGUGAAGACGCAAUGGUUAGAUGGAAAGCAUGUGGUGUUUGGUAGCGUUAUCGAUGGCAUGGACGUGGUCAAGAAGGUUGAGGCAGUUGGAUCACAGUCGGGCAAAACAAGCAAGCCAGUGGUCGUCGCAGACUGUGGUCAGCUGUCCUGA